CACACAAAUUAAUAUGGAAGUAGUUCAAGUACUUUGCAUGAACGGAGGUCUUGGAGAAACUAGUUAUGCCAACAACUCUCUUGUUCAUAGAAAGGUGAUUUCGAUGACCAAGCCGAUAAUAGAGGAAGCAAUAACGCAAGUUUACAGCAGCGUCGACGCGAUCUCGAACCGCUUCUGCAUAGCCGAGCUGGGCUGUUCGUCCGGGCCAAACUCUUUGGUGGUGGCGGCGGAGCUCAUCAGCACUGUUCACCAGUUGAGCCGGAGCCACGGCCUUCAGCUGCCGGAAUUUCAGAUACUCUUGAAUGAUCUCCCGGGAAACGAUUUCAACUCAAUCUUCCACUCCUUUCUGCCGCAGUUCAGAUCUCAGCUCAACAAACAAAUGGGAUCUAAUUUGGCACCUUGUUUCGUCUACGGUGUUCCUGGGUCGUUUUACGGCCGCCUUUUCGCCGCCAACAGCCUCCAUUUUGUGCACUCUUCUUACAGCCUCAUGUGGCUCUCCAAGUUGGUGAAGGUGCCUGAAGGGAUGGAGAAAUGUAACAAGGAGGAAAUAUACAUCGGAAGCAGAAGCCCGGUGCUGGUGAUAAACGCAUACUACAACCAAUUCCGGGUAGAUUUCGACACAUUCUUGAAAUGGCGGUCAGAGGAAGUUGUGGGAGGCGGAGCAAUGGUGCUUACUAUUCUUGGGCGGAGGAGCGACAACGCGGCGAGUAAAGAGUGUUGCUAUAUUUGGGAACUCUUAGCUCUGUCUCUCAAGGAAAUGGUGUCGGAGGGAGGCAUCGAGGAAGAGAAGCUCCAUUCAUUCAACAUCCCUCAAUACAUGCCAUCGCCGGCUGAGGUGAAGAGGAGCGUGGAAAUGGAGGGCUCCUUCGCCAUCAGCCGCCUCGAGACCUCGGAGAUCAGAUGGGCCGACUGCGGCAGCAGCUGUGGCGGGGAGGAUGUGGCGAAAUGCAUGAGAUCGGUGGCGGAGCCGAUGCUGGUGGAGCACUUUGGGGAGACGAUAAUCGAUGAGCUGUUCGGAAAGUACGAGAGAUGCCUCACCGACUGCAUGUCCAAGGAAGAGAUGAAGUUCAUCAACGUCACUGUUUCUUUAAUCCGGAGAGGAUGAUAAAUGAUUCGUCCAUCGCUUUCUGCAUAUUGAUUCUGUAAUCUCGUGAGUCGUGAUUGUUUGUUGGUGAUUUUAAUAUUUG